AUGAGAGAGUGCAUUUCGAUUCACAUUGGUCAGGCCGGUAUUCAGGUCGGCAAUUCUUGCUGGGAGCUUUACUGCCUCGAGCACGGCAUUCAGCCUGAUGGCCAGAUGCCAAGUGAUAAAACUGUCGGCGGAGGAGAUGAUGCUUUUAACACCUUUUUCAGUGAAACUGGUGCGGGAAAGCACGUACCUCGUGCCAUCUUUGUUGAUCUUGAGCCUACUGUGAUUGAUGAAGUGAGGACUGGAGCAUACCGCCAGCUUUUCCAUCCUGAGCAACUAAUCAGUGGAAAGGAAGAUGCUGCCAACAACUUCGCUCGUGGUCACUACACCAUUGGGAAAGAGAUUGUUGAUCUUUGUUUGGAUCGAAUUCGAAAGUUAGCUGAUAACUGCACUGGCCUUCAAGGGUUCUUGGUGUUCAAUGCUGUUGGAGGUGGUACUGGUUCUGGUCUCGGGUCACUUCUCUUGGAGAGGCUCUCUGUUGAUUAUGGAAAAAAAUCAAAGCUGGGUUUCACUGUCUAUCCCUCACCUCAGGUUUCGACAUCAGUUGUAGAACCUUACAACAGCGUCCUUUCAACUCACUCUCUCCUUGAGCAUACUGAUGUUUCGGUGCUCCUCGACAAUGAGGCCAUCUAUGACAUUUGUAGGCGCUCUCUUGACAUUGAGCGUCCCACUUAUACCAAUCUCAACCGCCUUGUUUCUCAGGUGAUCUCAUCUUUGACAGCCUCAUUGAGGUUUGAUGGAGCUCUUAAUGUGGAUGUUACUGAGUUCCAAACCAACUUGGUUCCAUACCCUAGGAUCCAUUUCAUGCUUUCCUCUUAUGCCCCUGUUAUCUCAGCAGAGAAGGCAUACCAUGAGCAGCUCUCUGUGGCUGAGAUUACAAACAGUGCUUUUGAGCCAUCAUCCAUGAUGGCUAAGUGUGACCCCCGCCAUGGCAAGUACAUGGCUUGCUGCCUGAUGUAUAGAGGUGAUGUUGUGCCCAAAGAUGUGAAUGCCGCUGUGGCCACCAUCAAGACCAAGCGCACAAUACAGUUUGUUGACUGGUGUCCAACUGGAUUCAAGUGUGGUAUCAACUACCAGCCACCAACUGUUGUUCCAGGAGGCGACCUUGCUAAGGUUCAGAGAGCUGUGUGCAUGAUUUCCAAUUCCACAAGUGUUGCAGAAGUCUUCUCUCGCAUUGACCUUAAGUUUGAUCUCAUGUAUGCAAAGCGUGCUUUUGUGCACUGGUAUGUUGGUGAGGGUAUGGAGGAAGGAGAGUUCUCAGAGGCUCGUGAGGAUCUUGCUGCCCUGGAGAAGGAUUAUGAGGAGGUUGGUGCUGAGUCAGCCGAAGGAGAUGAUGGUGAUGAAGGAGAGGAGUACUGA